CAAAGAUUCCCUUGGCAUUUCUGAAUGAAUAAAGAAAAACAAAGCGGAUAUUUGCGGUGGCAACUUAUAGUAUAUAAACUAAAAAGCUAAACGAAUUGACCAUUCACAUUUUCGAAACUGCUUCACCUGAAAAAUCAUGAACGUCGCAUUUGUUGUAGUAUUGUUGUUGAUCUGGUCUGAGUCCACAGAAGCUUCGUUUGGCGGUGAUGGAGGAAGUAAGAGUGGCAGAGGAAACAACGGACGGAAGAAGCGACAAACUUCAGUUGACGUAGGUGUAGAAGCGACUAAAAAUGGUGGUAGAGCUUCUGCCGGUGUGAGUCACAAAGGGAACGGCUGGAGUGCAGGUGUAAAAGGAACAAUAGAUUCUGAUGGAAACUGGGGAGCACGGGCUGGUUUUUCUAUAAGUUUUGGCAAGAGAAGUGUUCACUGGAAUGGGCGUCACUAUAUUGUACGUGUACAUGCUGAUCAGUGUGAUUUCCAUGUAUAUGAUGGUAACAAAGACGGCACGAUAGUUAAGAAUGAAAUACAUGCCAUAUUUGAAGACCACACAAAAGCCGAAGAAUUAUUCGAUGCUUUGGAUAUAACAACAGGUGAUGGGCGGAUUGAAGAGGACGAAUUUUAUUUCAUGUCACGUGUUGUUAUAGAUGGAUGUGAUUCAAUGGAUAAAUUGUAAAUGUACAAACAGUUCCGUUUUAUAUGUUUUGCCUUGAUUAAAUGACAGUUUAACUCUCUUAGAUGCCGUUCACACUGUACACGUCUGCUCACAGAUUUUGACAUGUAGAAUGCAGAAAAUGUUUGUGUUCUUUUUCAGUUUUAUAUCUGUUCUAUAUAAUUAUAUCUUUUGUCUGGAACAAGGCUGCGCGAAUUCUCGAACAGCCAGUAACUCUAUAUCACAUUUUUUCAGUGACUUGUUACUGUGUAUGCCAGUCACAUACGCAUACACAUGCUGAAUUAUGAAGCUCCCUAUUCUUGCAAACACUAUGUUGACGGGCUGACUGAAACAAGCACAUGAAUAAUAUAUUUUCUAUUAAGUCGAAGAAAAAUAUCUUGUUUACAUUUUUGUUAAUGACACACCCAAAGUUGCCAGUUACUGGCCGGUCAGUGCACUUAUGUGCACCAAACAGUGGGGUUUGGCAUGCCUUCACCUUGUAAGUCAGAUAGGUCAAACAGCAUUUUUAGCACUCAGAAUAGCUUUUUUUUUUAAAUGAUACUACUUAAUGUUAUUUUGUCCCGAGACUGUGUUCAUGCCCAGAAAUGAUGCUGAAUAUUGAGAAGAUAUACGUGCAUUUCUGUAAUAGUGGAAGAAGACAAGGGCAAACACUUUUAAAAUACACACCCGUGAAACUUAUAAUGUAUAAUUACAUUGAUCACCAGAAAUAAUGCUACAGAUAUUUAUAUAAUGUUACUAUAUUUAGUUCAGUCUGAAUAAUAUUUCAAUAAUUUAUGAAAUUGUGAAAUUACUUAUUGAACCUUGCACAUCCUGUUUCUCAACCAUUAUUACUUGUACAGUGUAAACAGAUGCAAGAUAAUAUUUGUUCAUUUUGUUAAAAUAAACAACGAUGGCAAAAGCAAUCAAACUUUGCUGUAUUUC